UGUUCGUAAAGAAGUGAAAUUGAAGAGCAGCAUGAAAGAAGCAGCAGCAAUACCAUAUAAUCUCAGAUGUCAUGGUCGUGUAGUCGGCCAGCGCUAUUUGAGGCCCAGACAAGUCCAGCUUCAUCAUACCUCCAACAAACCACUCUCAGUCAAUCAUAGCUCCAAGAAACGUCGCCCCACACGCAGACAAAAGCCUUAUGAUCCCCCUUUACCUGAAUGUGAUAAAGACGAAGAGCUCUCUUUACCUGAAGGUGGUAAAGACGAAAAUGCCCCUUUACCUGAAGCUGGUAACGAUGAAAAAAAGGAAAGGAACAUGUUUGUUCUAGGCGCUAAGAGAGGCACUGAACCUGUAGAAGUAUAUCGCAAGAAAGCGAGAAGGUACUUUAUGGAGACUAUGUUUCCUUAUCCAUUAGCUGCAAUGAAACACUACAACUAUGGACUAAAAGAGGAAGAGCAAUACGAGGUUACUGAUUAUCAUGAUAAGCUGUGCCGUUAUUUCGGAAAACUUGGCUAUAUACGGCUUAUGCACUUUAUAGCUGAGCCUAAAUAUACUAAAAACAUGCCCAAUGCAUCAGAGGAUACCACUAAGCACUUUUAUGCCAGGAUGCAUCAAAUGCCUAAUCGUGAAACUCAUGUGGAUUACUGUAAACUGUAUGAAGGACCCCCACAACCUGGUCUCCAUGCUAGCCAAGAAGUCAUUCCCUUGUGCUGUGAAACUUGUGGUCUUAAGGAUCUGAAAGCCCUUGAGUCAAAAUCAUUGGAAUUGAGUGCUGAAGGUGAAGGAGGAGAGGAGGAGUAUUGGAAUGGUUAUCACACUUCCACUCCUCCAAAAAUUAUUGUGGCACGCAGAGAUCCAGAGGUCAUAGCAAAACAUGCUGCCAGGAGAAAGAAAAAACCUUGAAUGGAUCUUACAAGAAUUGAACAACUUAUGUCCAAUCUGUUCCUUUGGCAAGAUUUCCUUGUUAACCAAUGUUGUUUGUGGAGAAUACUGUCUAACUUGAUUACAUUUAUAUAAACUGUGGUUUUGAUGAUGCAGGGUUGCUGAUUGGCAAGUUUCUUGUUCUUUUGAUGGAUAUAUAAUUCUAUAUGGUAUACAACUGAUUCAUUUCUUUUUGAGACACUUUGUGGAGACACCCUUUUCUUGUCUCCAAAAAAUGUUGUACAUAAGUUGAUAGACUUGGAAGAAAGUUGUGUAACAUUGUUACAUCAUAAGGGAAAUAGGGUCCUUCUUUUUACUUUUGGGAGAGUAAAAGAAAAAAGAAAAAAGAAAGGGGAGGAUUGUACUUAUUUUUAUGUGUUUGCCAAAUUUGAACAA